AUGCCACCGUUUCCUGGGGAAGAAACGCUAACUGCAGUAUAUGCCGACCUCCACUCUUACUUCACUGCGCCGUCACCCCGGCCGGCUCUACAUCGCUUCGAUAAAGCCGCCUACUUCUACGUCUACUACAACUCCACGAGACACACAAGUCGCAUCGAGGCCGCCAUCAACCCUGGCACGCCAGAGCAGACGGCCUUUCACGGCUUCCUCGACGGCGCCAAGGUGAUCAAUUCUCACCGAUUCCCAACAAGAGUGACGUUCGUCGUCGAUGGAGUCAGUGCGCCGGCGGCCACUUCCCCCUCGUCUCCGCGUUCAGGACGAGACCCCGACGAAUGGCGUCUAGCCAGUUCAGAUCCGCGAGAUCCUGGCACGUCCAAAUACCGAAUCCACACGAUUGACGCCUAUUUCUGGAGUCAGGAUGAUUCAAAGUUGGUCCUGGACAUUUUCAAGAGGUUGCUACAGCCCGCCCAAUUGGACAUUGAUGACGAUGUGCAUGAGGAACAACCAGAUCACCAUGACAUGGUCAGCCCCGUGGUGCAAAACCUAGAGCAUGUGGCCAUCUCAGAUCCGGCAUACAAGGAGGUGCAACAUGAUUCUCCGUCAGCCCAGCACAGCCAUCCUGUCCAACAGCUGCCCACUGCUCAGCCAGCGCCUCCAGCAGCUGUCUUUCGCGCUUCUCCAGGCGGCCCUGCGGCUUCGGCCUCGCCAAACUCGGCCACUGCCAGCAUUGGUGGAAGAUCGUCGGUCAAAGACUCGAAGCCGGCCGCCACAGACUACACUCCGCUCGCGUACAAUCCAGCGGCGCCAGCGGCACCGGAACCUAUCGCCCAUAGAGAGGACACGCCUCCUCCGAUCGACGCCGUUGACGGAACGGGGCUCGCUGCGGCAGCAAGACAUGAUCACCCUUACGUACCUCAGCAGCAGCAUCCACAACCAUUUGCCGGCUCUCACACUGCUCAGCCUGGCGCAUACGGCGGACAAUACGGCCCCGUACAACCAUCAUUCGGACCGCACGCCACCACCUCGCCGGUGCCAUCCUUUGGACCUCAAGCAGCGGCCACGGUGCCACCGCCGUCCUUUGGACCGCAUGCAGCAUCACCCCCACUUCAGACCUCCCCGCGGACAUCUGUGUCAACAAAUUUCGGCCCGCCGCCCACCGGUGCCAGUGCUACGGGUAUCGGUUCCGACAGCGGCAGUCGUCACCCUUCAGCAGCCGCUCAAACGUAUGUGCCUCACGGGCAAGGGCAACAAGAUCCAAAUGCGCAUAUUUUUGGCCAACAAAAUGUGCAAACUCCAGGCACACAGUUCUACCAGUCCAUCAACGGUCAACCCCACAAACCACUCCAGCAUGUCCAGCCCCAGUACCCGGACUACCUGGCCGCUGGCCAAGCUCCACCUCCUCCUUCUGUUCCUGCUCCGCCUCUCGGGGGUUACUCGACCUACAAUUACGCACAGGCACAGCAAGCCCAACCCCCCGCGGGAGCCUAUGACAUCCACUCUCAAGUCUACCGGCCGACCGAGGCGGAGCACCACUCGCACCAUCACAAACCAUCCAAGUCAGGGUCACAGCAUAAGCCGUCACACACAGAGAAGAUUGAGAAGGGGGUGGGCAAGUGGAUUAAGAAGAUUGAAAAGAACUUUGGGUGA